UGUUUUUCACUGUUCCAAUGAAAAGUUCCAUAGCAUGGAUACAAUGUUGCUAACAGACACAAGUUCCUCAGGCUACAUCAGUGUUCGUGACAAGAAGUGUUAAGGUACCAAAAAUCAAAUAUCAGGACCAAUGUCAGCUAUUCAUAACGGGUCGACACGGACAGAAGAAGAAAAUCUCGGAAUAAUCAAUACAUCGACUUUGACAUUGUAGCAGUGACACUUGUCACCUUACCGUAUAAAAUGAACUAUGUCUAAAAGUGGACGGAUCACUUAAUAUGUACAAGACAUCUGAGACACCACCAUGGAGAACAACGAUGACAGGACAGUGUGUGUGACAUCAGUGAAAGGGUUAAAGGACAACUGGCAGAGAUGGUCCAAUGAGCACCAGGAGUACCAGAAAGACAACCCCUUCAGUAACGACCGGGGGGCUAUGGUGAGUGCGACUGCCCAGCAGCAGAGGCUCCAGCGGGACCAGGAUGGCUACGGGAGGCCCCUGGAGGGCUCCUUGACAGAGCAGAGGGGCCAGAACGCCCACAUCCACAUCAGCCGGGAGGUGGAGGAGCUCUGCCAGGUGAUCAGGGACAUCGGGGAAAGCUGUGGGGACGGAGGCGGCGAGAAGAGACCUGUGGUGACGGUGGAGUUUGGGAAGCUGUUUGAGCACUAUGUGAACAUCUCCAACAAGGUGGUGGGGAUCCUGCUGAGGGCCAGAAAACAAGGCCUGGUCAGCUUUGAAGGGGAGAUGCUGUGGCAGGGGCAGGAUGACAGGGUCCUCAUCACACUGCUACAGUCACCAGGAUGAGAUGACAGGGUCGUCUCUAUGCUGCUUCAGUGACCAGGUUGAUGCAGCUGACGGACAAGGCGGUAACCAAGGCCCUGUCCAGAAACAUCCCCUAGCCCUUAGGCACUCAUGUACAGUAGUUGUGAAAGGAUUGGCUAGGUUUAAGCAAUAUGAUAAAUUACAUUAGGUAGCAAGGUGCAGCUACAACACCUGAAAAUAAAAGAGAGCCGCACACUCUAGGAGCUCAGAUGCAAAAAUGUAAUACCAACGUUUCGACAGCCAAGCUGUCUUCAUCAGGGUAUAAUCACA